AUGGCUAAAUGGGGAGAAGGAGAUCCUCGCUGGAUCGUGGAGGAGCGGCCUGACGCCACUAACGUGAACAAUUGGCAUUGGACAGAAAAGAAUGCAGGUCCAUGGUCCAAGGACCGGCUAAAAGAGUUAUUAAAUAACUUAAAAAUUGCUCAGAAUGGUAUAGAUUGUAACAUAACAGAGGUAGAAAAAUUAGAUGGUGAAGCUUCCGCCAACAACAGGAAAGGAAAGUUAAUAUUUUUUUAUGAGUGGGACAUCAAAUUGAAGUGGGAAGGUUUGUUGGCUGGUUCUGCAGAUAAGAUUAAAGGUGAAAUCCAUAUACCGAAUUUAUCUGAAGAAAAUGAUGUCAGUGAAGUUGAUAUGACUGUGACAAUAAAAAGUAGUGGUGAUGAAGCCCAGCGGGUGAAAGCAUUUAUGCAUAGCAUCGGGAAAGAUAUUAUACGCAAUCAACUGACGGAGUACAUCCGAAGCCUUAAGGAAGAGUUCUCAAAAGGCCUAAUUCUCCCAAAAAAAGGUGAAACUCAAGUAAAACCAGAUAAUGUGUCUACUAUUACUAGUGGAUUUAACAAAAAAGUUAACAUGGAACCAAUAGUCUCAGCUCCAAAACAAGUUGGCUGUAAACUUGAUACAAAGAAUAUUGAGAUAACAGAGACAUUCCAAUGUCGUGCCCAAGAGUUUUACGAUGCCCUGACUAGAAUAGAGAUGGUUACAGCUUUCACACAGGGACAUGUUAAGUUGGAGGCAGAGAAAGGUGGUAAAUUUACCCUAUUUGGUGGAAAUAUAUCUGGUGAAUUUAGGGAGUUGGUGCCCGGAAAGAAAAUUGUGCAAUAUUGGAGAUAUAAACAAUGGCCAAAAGAACAUUUCUCUGAGGUUACAUUUAAUAUUGAGGAGAAGGAUGACAAUACCCUAGUUACACUAAAACAGGACCUGGUUCCGGCGUCAGAAGUAGAACAGACCCGAGAAAACUGGAAACGCUAUUACUUUGAUAGUAUCAAGAGAGCAUUUGGCUUUGGAGCCUUCCUGUGA